AUGAUAUUUGCAUUAUUUUUAUGCCCUUUCUUUACAGCUUAAUAUUCGUUCCCAAAUAUUACACUAUAUAUGGAUAAUUUGAGUUUUAGAAAAAUAAUUACAAUUAAUGAAGCUGAGUUAUCUGAAGAGAGUUGUUUCACUUUUGGAAUAUGGUCAAAAUAUAGCCCAUUAAAUAUAAAAAGUUUUUAAGAUCAAAUUGGAAUGUUUGAAAGUAAUUGCUUCUAAUUAAUAAAUGUAAUGGAUUAUACAACAUAGACUUUAAAUUUUAUUUAUUAUGUUUGUCUAGAUUAUUCUUCUAAAAGAAUUGUCAAAACCAUAGAGUUUUUAAGUGAUCAAGAUAAAUCAAUUCGAUUUGAGAAAUAUAUAGAUCCAUCUGAAUAUGAAAAUAUUUGGUAUUAAUUUUAGUUGAUUUCAUGGCCAAUAUUGAAGAAAUUAAAGUUAACAAUCAUCUAAUCAGAUAUAAUAAUAUUCAAAGAAAUACUAGUUAAUAUUGAACCUUUCAAAGAAUAACAACUAUUGUUAAUUUUUGGAGAGAACUUGGAAGUAAAGAAAUCUAAGAUUCAUUAGAUUGGAUAAGGGAUGAUACUCUCUUUAUUUCCAGGAUAAAUUGUUGUAUAUGAUCCUUUGAUAGAAGUAAUCCCUGUAUCAUUUGACUUUGAAUAAUAAAUAAUUGAAGGGUUUUAAAGUCUAAGAUAAUGUAAGUGUUAAAACAAUUAAUAAGUGAACUUAGAAGACAUUGACUUAAAUAUUCUUGAUUAAAAGGUUUAUAUUUCUGAAAAUGUUAAUUGUGAUUAUUAUGCUUUAGGUGGUUGGUUAAGGGUAUAAGAUAUAAUUUAGAAAGAUGAAUAAUUUUCUUAUUAUUUUAUGAAAAUGACAGCAUAUUUAGGAUAAAAGCAAGAAUUCAUCGAAAAUUUAGCAUCAUUCCAAUUAGUUUAUUUAAUUUCUACUAUUUAAACAAAAAUAAUAAUAAUAACAUAUAGUUUUGAUUUUCCUAUUGUUUCUAAAUAGAUUUUGGAUGAUUCAUAAUAUAUAGAGACAGUAUUUUAGAUUUAAAGGGAUAUUAUUACAUCAUGGCAUUAUUUAAUUUUGGAAUUAGAUGAUAAUUAACUAAAUAUUAAAAUAACUUUUUAUGAUUAUUAUAAAAAUAAUAUGUAAUCUUAUGAUGCUUAAGUUAAAGUAAGGUAAUUUCAUAAUUGUUAAUUUAAAUUAAGAUAUGGAAAUAUAAUAUAGAAUGAAUUAAAUUAUUUAAAUAUUGCAGUAAGAAAUUUGUAAUUUACUAAUUGCAAAUAUGAUUAAAGGAUUAAUAAAUGUCAUUAUAGUUGUUUAGAUUGUGAUGGUUAGGGUAAGACACAUUGUUUGUCUUGUUCAGUUGAUUCACAAAGGAUAUAUCUACAUGAAUUUAAGCAAUGCAUUUGUCCAAUUAAUUCAAUAGAUUAUGAUAAUAAAUGUAUCACUUAUAAAGAUUCUAAUCUUAAGUUAAAAAUUCAAUAGAAUAUUGAUAUAAAAUGUAAAACAGGAUAUUUUGAAUUAGAAGGAGAUUGUAUAAGAUGGUAUAUAUAUAUAUAUUAUUUAAUAAUAUUUAGUCCUUCAAGAGUAAAAGAUGAUUAUAUUACAUGUUUUGAAUGUUUUUAAAAAGUAAAGGAUUGGGCUUAAGUUUCUAUUUGUUAAACUAUACUUUAAAUUCCUUAAUAAUUUUAGCAUUUAAAUACUAUUAUCUUAAUCAAUUCUUUAUAGUAUUAUCAUGAUGGAUCUGAUUUAAUAUUAUGUGAGAAUUGUUUAUUAUUAAAUGAUAAAUUUUAAGAAUUGCAAAAUUAAAAUGGUAUUUAUUAGUUGUUUUUAUAAAAAUCUAUGAGUUUCAAAUAAUUUUGUUUAUAGAAGAUUGAAUUUGAUGAUGAAUAAAGAUGUACACUUUGUAAUAUCAUUGAUUGUGUCAGAUGUGGUAUUGAUGUUGAGAAAAUGAUAUGUUUAUAAUGCUAAUAGAAUUUUGUAUUAAUUAACGGAAUUUGUAAAUUAUAAACUAAAACAUAUCUUUAUCAAUCUUGCCGACCUCCAUAUUAUACAUCCUAUAAUAGAGAGUGUAAGAUAUGCACUAUAAAUAAAUGUUUAUACUGUUUUGAAUAUUAUUAAAAUAAUGGAUAAGAUUUAAGUACUCUAGAAUUAAUUGAAUUUGCAAUAUUAGAAUAAGAAUUUAAUUCAAUAAAGAUUGGUUGUAUUUUAUGUUAAGAUGGUUAUAUUUUUAAUUUUUCAUUAGGAAUAUGUAUAAAUUAAGCACCAAGAAUAUAAUAUUGUUUAAUAUCUUAUGUAAAAUCAUUAAAAGAAAAAUGUAUAUUAUCAAAUUUGAAUAAUUUUUAAGUAUCCAGAAUAAUUAAUGCUUGUGAUAAUUUUAUUGUAAAUUGUUAACAAUGUGCAUUAUCUAAUUAUUAUAUUGUAUUUUGUAUAUAAUGCAAAAUUGGAUAUAUAUUAUAAGAUAAUUAAUGUUAUAUGAAUGAGGAAUUUGGAUUGGAUUAUCAAAAUGAUAUGUGGGAUUUAUAAGUUUAAGCUUUUUUAUUAAUUUAUAAUCCAGAACAUAAUCAAUAUUUUUAUUAAUCAACAGAAGAAUAGUCUUAUAAAUGUGGUAAGUUAUGUUUAAAAUGCAGAAAUUAAGAUUUGUAAUAUUUUUGUGAUGAAUGCAUCUUGGAAUAUAUGGAAGAUACAAUUAGAAUCUAAUAUGGAUUCUACUGUCCUAUUUGUCCUCGUCUUUGUUAAGUUUGUACAUCUCGUUCUCUACAAGAGAUUAAUGUAAAUAAAAUAACAUAUAAUAUUUUUAGUCUAUGAAUCCUUUUUUUUAAAUUUCAGAAUCCAAUUCUAUAUAUACAUAAUAAUGUCUUUUACCUAUUAAAGAUCCUUUUAUAUUUCAUGAUCCUUAUAAUAAAACAACUUAAUAUUGUUUUGAUGGUAAUUGUCAUAAUGAAUUUUAAUUAAACAAUUAUUUGAAUAGUUGCUUUUUUAGUAGAUUUCCUAAAUCUCUCUCAUACUUUAAUAUUAACUAAGAGUAUUGCAAUCAUAUUGGCAUAAAUACAUUAACUUUUAAUUUGUUCUUUUAAAUACCUGAAGAACUCUGUUUAAUAAUGCCAUUACUCAAUCAAAGAGCAUCAUUAAAAAAAUAUGUCUUUGUAUUAUAAACAAUAAAAAUUAAUUUAAUAUCAUUAAAUCCAUUUUAUUUUGUUUUAACAAAUGGAAUAUAACUUGAAGAAUAUGAUUCUGUAUCUUUCAUUAAUUCUGGAUUUAUUUUUGUAGAAAAUUUAUAAGAGAAUAUUUUGUUGUUGAAUAGCUAUAAUCAUAUUGAUUUAACAUUGAUUAAUUGUACAAUAUAGAAUAGCAGCAUUAAUAAUAUCACAUCAGUAUUUUAUGCAUAAAAAUUUGGAUCAAUCAUUAUAUAAAAUUUUACAAUUAUAAACACAAUCAUUAAAAAUUCCUCAUUGUUUAAUUUAUAAUUAUUAUAAUUUGAAGGAUAUAUGACUAUUUCUUCCAUAUUUAUUUCAAAUUGCACUUUUAUAGAUUCCUAAUUAUUUUAAUUUUCUAAAAGUUAAUAAAAUAUCAACAUUCUAAAUUUGACUUUAGAUUCAUGUAUAUUGUAAAAUGCAUCUUUAUUUACUUUAAAUAUCAAUUACAUAGAAGAAACAAAAUUAGAAUUGAGAAACUUAAUAAUUUAACACAAUUAUUUUUAUAAUUCCUAUUUUCUUUUUUGUUCAUAAAUGAUUCAUAUAGAUUUAAAUAAUAUUAUCUUGAAUUUUAAUAAGAUACAUUAUUCAAUAAUAUUUGGAUUUAGUUAUAGUAUAUCAGCUAAUUACAUUAAAAUUAAAGAAAAUAUAUUUAAUGAAUCCUAAUUUCUAUAAACAAUUGAAGUAACAAAUGAAAUAAAUACUUAAUGUUCUAUUUCUGAAUUAAUAGUGGAAAACAAUGUAUUUCAAAAUGUUAAUUUAAUUCAUAUAUUUUCAAAUUCUUAUUCAAAUAAAUUGCAAAUUUCUAUUAUAUUUGUACGAAUUUAAUAAAACAUUAAAUCAGUUAAUACGAAUUAAUCUAGUUAAAUAUUUAACAUUAAUAGUAAAUCAUUAGAUUUAAACAAUUUUAUUAUUAGCAAUAACUAAGAAAUACGUAUUUUUAAUAUUUAUGAUAUUGAAGAUAUCAAACUCAAAAAUUUAAUAUUUGAAAAUUAAAUAGUUGAAUAAAAGGUCUCUAUUUCAAAGAAUUGUUUCUAAAGAUCAAAUCUAUAAAAUUAAUUAAUUUUAAUAAUGGGUUUUGAUAAUAUUUCAAUAGAAAAGUGCAAAUUUAUAAAAUAAUCCAGUAUUGAUGAAUCACUUAUAGAAAUAGUUUCAAGUAAAUCAAAAUAAUUACUUGGGUCAAUAUUCAUAAAAAAUAUUGAAUUUUAUGGAAAUCUCUUAUAAUUGUUGAAUUAAGUUUAAGCUUUUUCACUAUUAACCAUACUUUCAGAUAAAUAAAUUAAUAUUUUAAUGGAAGAUGUUAAAUAUUAAAAUAAUUUUAUGCAUGUAUAUUCUGAAAGUGCCUUAAAGUAAUCAGCUACUUUAUUAUAAAUUAUAUCAUCUACAAGUAAUAUUUCAAUAAAUAACUUGUAUUGUAUCCAAAAUUCCUUAACUAAUUCAUCCAAUUCUUUUAUAAGAAUUACAUCUAAAUAAUUAAUAAUAAGUAAUAUUUUAAUCAAGAAUCAUAAUAUAUUACCUUACAAUAUUUGGAAAGAAUAUUAUUUUAUUAAAAUAGAGGAUGAAUAAAAUUAAGAAGAAAUUAAUCUUUUUAUAAUGUAGAUAUAUCAUAUUAAAACUAUUGGAGGAGCAGCAUAAAUUGAAGUUAGUAAAUUUGAAUGUUUUAAUUGUUUUUUUCAAGAUAUAUUAUCUGCAAAGAGUUCAGUUUUUGAUAUUGUGACUUCUAAUGAAGGAAUAGUUGUGAUUUCAAAUUUCUCUGUUAAUUCAACAACAUAUAGUUUGGUUGAAUAAAAUGAAAGUUCUGGAAGCUUAAAUUUAAAUUCAUAAAAUAGUUUAUUAACUCUAUAUAUUUCAUCUGCAAGAUUCUUAAAUGUCAUUAAUAGAAUGUCCACAUCUAUUUUCACAAUCAUACCAUCAUUACUUUAAAAUAAGAUGAUUAUCAAAGAUAUAUAAAUUCUAAAUUGUAUAUCUUUAAAAAAUUAAAUAUUUCAUAUAUAAUUCAUUAAGUAGAUUGUUGCCUUAAAUUCAAUUUCAUUCAUAAAUAUUAAGAUAAUAUAAGAUUAAUAAGCAUGGGCAAACUAUUUUUAAAUGAUAGGAUUGUUAAGUUUAUCUGAUAGAUUAGAAAUAACAGGAGAUGAAAAUGCAUUAAUUUAUUUAGAAAAUUGUGAUUUUUAUAUAAGAGAUUUUGUUGUUGAAGGAAUACUUAUUGCUCCUGUAUUAAAAUUGAUUAAUGUACAAAGCUUGGUGAUCUUUAAUUGUAAUAUAGAAAAUAUUGUCAGUAUAACCACAUAAAGUCUUAUAUAGAUUAGUUAAAUAGUUUAAAGUAAAUCUUCAAUUUAUUUAAAAUAACUUAAUAUUAGAAGAACAAAUGUAUUUACAUAAAAUUUUUUAAAAAGUGUUAAACCUCCUAAAUUUUAAACUGAUUAUUUUAUAGUUGGAUGUUUUAUUAUGAAUAAUUCUUUUUUAAUUGAAUAGCCAGAAGAUUAUCUACACAUUAAUAUUAUUUAAUUGUAACAAUCUAACUAUCAAAGAAAUUCCAUCAUAAUGAUAAAAAGCGAAUCUAAUUUAAGUAGUAUUAUAUUAGAAAUGAUUAAAUUAGAAAAUAAUAAUUUUCAAACAAUCUUAAAUGGAAUUAUUUAUUUUGAUGUUGCUUUAUUUUAAAAAUUAAGAAUCAAUUAUUUGGAUUGUAUUAAUAAUUUCAUAAGAGAAUAUGGAUGCCUUCAUUUUGUAGGCAAUAAUUCAGUAAUCUCUAAAAUUUAAAUUAAAGAUUCUAAUUUCAUUAAUAAUAAUGGAACCAAAGGAGUUGCAAUUAAAGUUACAGAUAUAUCACUAGAUUUAAAAAAUUGUAAAAUUGCUUUUAAUAUGGCAAGUACUUAAGGUGGGGCUUUAUAUUUAAGAACUACUUCAAAAUUAUUUAGUAUAAUAAAUACAUAGAUUAUAAAUAAUCAUGCUUAAGAAGGGGGAGGAAUAUAUUUAGAAAAAGAUCAUAAUUUAAAUGCUAAAAACUUUAAUAAUUCUUAUUUAUUAUUCAAUAUAGCAUAAAAUUAUGGAAAUAAUCUUGUUGAAAAUCCUACACAUUUAACACUCUUUAUAAAUUAAAAAGAAAUGCCUUACAAAAUAUAAGGAAAGGAUAAUACAUCCAUUAGUAUUCUAAAAAUUGAACCUUACAAAAUAAUUGAGUAAGGAAUAUUUAUUGAGACAUAAUAACUUAUGAUUCCCAGUAAUUAAGAAAUCAAUAACUAUCAAUUAUUUAUUUUAAAUGGAUCCUUUUAUGUAAACUAUAUAAAAAAUAUGAGUUUGUUUUUUAAAAACAGUAAAGGAGAAUUACUCUAUGAUUUAAUAAGUUCAACAUGUGAGGUAUCCAGUACUAUUAUAAGGAAUGAUGGUGGAGAAGUAAAAGGAUUAACAAAAAAUCAUACUUUAUAAUAUGAAUUUACAAAUAAUAAUUUUGAAUUAGGCUCUUUAACUUUUACUCUUAAUCCAUAUGAAUAGGAAUUUAGUCACUUAAAAAUUCAAGUAAAUUGCAAGACUUCAUAUUCUUAUAAUGAAUUCAAAUAUAUUAUUAAUGCAAAAAGUCUUAAAUGUUAAUUAGGUGAAUUUUAUAUUGAAAAUGGAUGUUAAAUUUGUAGUUGGACUUAAGGAUUUUAUAGUGUCACAUAUAAUUCAAUUAAAUGCUCUAUUUUCGAUAAAUAAAAAUUCUAAAAUAUAACUUCUAAUAUGAUUAAUUUAUAUGAGGGUUAUUGGAGACCUAACUAUCUAUCAGAUUAUACUGAAUCAUGUUAUAAAAAUCCUUUAUUUUGCUUAGGAGGUUGGAGAGUUGGAGAUAGUACAUGUAAAUUGGGACACAAAGGUGCUUUAUGCGAAAUGUGUGAUGUAUAUGAUGAGAAAGGGGAUGGAAAAUUUUUUAAAGAUUAAUAAAACUUUUCAUGUUAGUCGUGCUCAAAAAAUGAUAAUAUUGUUCUUCCUUUCUUAUUUGCAUUGUUUUAGUAAAUAUGAUUUAUAAGUUAUAGAUCUUUAUUAUCAAUAACUUUGUCCUUAAAAAGCAUCAAUAAAUCAAAUUAAUUAUUUGCUUCAUUAAAGAUAUUUAUUAAGUUUAGUAAAUUAAUAUUUAAAUUGAGUUAAGGUAAUAAUUUAUAUUUAUAUUUAGAUCAUGAAGGAAUAUUAGUAAAAAUGUUACUAAAUCAUUUAUGGAUAUUUUCUGUUAUAUUUACUUUUAAUAUUAAUUUUUCAUUCUCUUUCAUAUUUAUUGAAUAAUCUAGUAAUAGCUUUUACUUUAUGGUUAACAAUUUAGAUUGUUAUUUAUCUGAUCUCCAAACUGAAUUAAUCUAUAUCAAAAUCUUUGUUAUUUUAAUAUUAAUGCUAUUUUAAUUCAACUUGAUACUUGCUCUAUCACUUUUAUAUCAUAGUAUAACUAAUAAUAAUAUGGAUAGCAGUUUACUCUCAAAUACAUUACUUUAUUUGUAUGUUUUUAAUUAUGGAGGAUUGAUUAAAAUGUAUUAUUUUAAUUUUCAAUUAGGCUAUGUUCAUCCUUGUCAGGUAGAUAAAUAUCUAAUAUCAAUUAUAUAUAAGGAGAUGUAUCAUUAUUAUAUGAUACAAGGGAUCAUUAAUUAUGGAUAUAUUGUCUGAUUUUACCAUUACUUAUUGUUUUUGGUUGCAUCAUACCUUUUUCUUUGUUUUUAUUAACUUAUGUGAAAAGAGAUAUUCUUCAUAAGAUUAAACUUAGAAGACAUAUUUGCUAUUUAUUUAAUGAAUACACUGAUAAUAAUUAUUAUUGGGAAUAGAUAAAAUUAUUAUAAAAAGCAAUAAUAAUUUUAAUAACAACUUAUUUUGAAAAUAGUAUUCUUUUGAAGACAUCAUUAUUGGGUCUAUGUUUACUCUCUUAUUAAGCUAUAGCUGUUAAAAAUAAACCUUACAUUAUUUCAAAAUUUAACAAUUUAGAUUUGUCUUCAGGAUAAAUUUGCUCAAUUACUAUAUUUUUAGCAGCAAUAAAAUAUGAAAGCUAGAAUUUAAAUAAUUAAUUUUUUUCAAUAUUCUUAUAAAUAAUUAUACUGAUUUUAUUAGUUAGACUUUGUUAUCCAUUUAUUUAAAAAAUUUUUACAGUUUAUUACCAAAAAUAUAGUUUAUAGAUUUUGACAAAGAUUUAUGAAUGUUUCAAAUACUUAAAUCUGAAUAAAUAUUGUAUUUAAAUACUUGGAGAUUAUAUAAUUAAAGAGGUAGAAAGAAAAUAGAAAUUGAAAAGAAAUUUCUAAAAACUCAAAGAAUAUUUGAUUCCUAAAUCUAAAGCUCUAUCAUCAAAUUAUAGGUAUGUAUUUAUUAACUAAUUUUAGAACUGUUACUAGAAAGAUUCCUCUUAGAUCAAUAUCAAAUAGUGGAUAGUAUUUUAUUGAACCAAUUAACGAAUGA